AUGAGGUUCGGUGAGCACCUCCGAUCCUCCAUUAUCAGGGAGUAUUACCCUUAUUACAUUGCCUACGAUGAGCUGAAGAAGGCGCUCAAGACCGACUUCGUCACCGAGCCGGCGCCCAACAAUGCGAAGCCCGAUCGCCUCGAAUGGUCCGAGGACGACGAGAAGCACUUUGUCACCUUGCUCGAGAGCGAGUUGGAGAAGGUCUUCCUGUUUCAAAAGCGCAAGAGCGAGGAGAUUGUCGAGAGAAUCAAGACGAGCGAAUCCGAAGUGAAUGAUGUAGUCUCGCGUCUCGAUGAUGCCACCGGCUCUCGCCGCCAGAGCGGCCGUGCAUCCCAGCCCCCACCUACUGACGAGGACUUCUUGGUCCUCGAGCAGGUCCUCAGUGAUAUUAUUGCGGAUGUCCAUGAUCUCGCCAAGUUCACCCAAUUGAACUAUACGGGCUUCCAGAAAAUUAUUAAAAAGCAUGACAAAGAGACAAAUUGGUACCUGAAGCCUGUCUUCGCCGCCCGUCUGAAUGCCAAGCCGUUCUUUAAGGAUAAUUACGAUGCCUUCGUGAUCAAGCUCUCCAAGCUUUAUGACCUGGUUCGCACCAAGGGUAACCCAGUCAUGGGUGACUCGUCCGCCGGCGGAUCCCAGCAGAACUUCGUUCGGCAAACUACCAAGUACUGGGUCCACCGCGACAACAUUACCGAGUUGAAGCUGGUCAUUCUGAAGCACUUGCCCGUGCUGGUUUUCAAUGCUAGCAAGGAGUUCGAGGAGAAAGAUACCGCCAUCUCCUCUAUCUACUACGAUAACACCGAUACAUGGGAGCUGUACCAGGGCCGUCUGAAGAAGACCGAGGGCGCAGAGGCCAUCCGUCUGCGCUGGUAUGGUGGCAUGGAGAGUGACCAGAUCUUCGUGGAACGCAAAACUCACCGCGAAGACUGGACUGGCGAGAAAUCUGUCAAGGCCCGCUUCUCGCUGAAGGAGAAGAACGUCAAUGCAUACCUCAAUGGCAGCAUGACCGUUGAACAGAUCUUCGAGAAGGCCCGCAAAGAAGGCAAGAAGAGCCAGGCCGAAAUUGACGACCUCGAGCAGCUAGCCCGCGAGAUUCAGUACCGUGUCAUCACUCGUCGUCUCGUGCCCGUUACUCGCACAUUCUAUCACCGAACCGCCUUCCAGCUUCCUGGUGACGCCCGUGUGCGUAUUUCUCUCGAUACCGAGUUGACGAUGAUUCGCGAGGACAACCUGGACGGUCGCCGCCGUGCCGGGAACAACUGGCGCCGCAUGGACAUCGCUGCCCCGGAAGACAUUGACCGCUUCCCCUACGCUGUGCUGGAGGUCAAGCUGCAGACCCAGGCCGGCCAGGAGCCGCCCCAGUGGAUUCGUGAGCUGACUGCCAGCCACCUCGUCGAGGCCGUGCCCAAGUUCAGUAAAUUCAUCCACGGCACUGCCACGCUGUUCCCAAGCCGCAUCAACCUACUCCCCUUCUGGUAUCCCCAGAUGGACACUGACAUCCGUAAGCCUGUCAAUCGUCGCUACGGUAUUCAGCGUCCUCUCGCUAGUACAUCUAUUUCCGCGAAUGACGAGGACUCGGAUGACGAUGAGUCGCCUGAUUCCGAAAAUGAGUAUGGCAACGACGGUGGUCUUUUCUCGGAAACCAAUGGCAACGAGCUGGAUGUUGAAGAACGCAUCGCCGCGCAGCCUGUCGCCGGUGAUGAAGACUACCCGCUCUACGAUUCCGACGACGAGACUGACGAUACGGACGCGCUCGAAGAGGCUCGCCGCGUCGGCGGCGCCUACUAUGCCGAACAGCUCAUCAAGCAUUAUGUGUGCAAGACCGCCAAGACAGUGGCCUAUGGUCUUCUUGCUAUUGUCCCCCGCCCUACCCCUACCUCUCUCCCACCCGCCGAACAGCGUGGAAUUGCCGUGCUGCAGGGAACUCAGCGUUCUCUCCAGCGAUUCCAGGCUCCUCCAGGAAAGCGUAUCUUCGUCCCUGUUCGUGUCGAGCCCAAGGUCUACUUCGCCGCUGAGCGAACCUUCCUUUCCUGGCUCGAAUUCUCGAUCAUUCUCGGCGGUAUUGCUGCCACUCUUCUCAACUUUGGCGUUGACAGCGUCUCUCUCGCAUCUUCUUGGGCCUUCACCGUCCUCGCUGCCGGUGCCCUCAUCUACAGUCUCGUCCUGUAUGUCUGGCGCGUGGACAAGAUCCGCAAGCGCCGCGAUGUGAAGCGCGUGUAUUACGAAAAGUGGGGCCCCACCGUUGUUAGCGUGGGUCUCGUUGUCGUUGUGCUGGUCAACUUUGGUCUGCGUGUUCGUGCUGGUGGCUUCAUGGCUGGUGACCAGAAGCCCGGCCGUCAUGGCGAUGAGCUGUAG